CAAAUCUUGAAGUCCAACAUUUGAAGCGCAGAGCACCAACGCGCUUGAGCUUCUUCUAAUACCUCUCCAAAACCCUCAAUUCACCUUUUCUUCCAGCCACCGCUCUUCAACAAUGGCGUCUCGAUGCAGAACGAUCUCAAGGCCAGCAAUGAGCUUUCUCAAAUCCUCCUUCUCAAAGCCCUCAAGCACACCCAUGUUCUCAGCUCAAUCGCCGCGCCUCUCCCCAUCCCCAUUUUCUAGUCCAUUGCCUCAAAUGGCUAUGCUCCAAUCUCUGUUACCGCUUCACUCGGCAUUGUCGUCGGCUCGGCUAACCUCUUGUCUAGGCAUAGACACCAAGGGCUGCAGAUCUUUGUCUCAGGAACUAGGUCUCUCUGUCCCACGAUGAGAGAGGAAACGCAAUAAAGGUUGAAGAAAGAUACUUCCUGUUUGAUGGAUCAUGUCUCCCUUUUCGACAGUGUAUACUUUCACAAUUUACUUACAGAGAGAAUCUUUGGCUCAUUUUUGUAUAAGCAAAAAUAUCUUCUCUUGCAUGCUGAAAAUCCUGUGUUUUUAGAGAAUUGAAUCAUUGUACUCGUCUUUCAACAUGGUCUUAUUGAUCAAGUUAGUCAUUAGUUUGCUUUUGUUAUAUACUCCUAUAUCUUAUUAUAGGUCUUGUGCACAUCGAGCCUGAGCCCAGACUUCUUACA